AUGGAUCGUGCCCAAGCCGUCAGAUCGCCGCUGGACCAACUCGAGGCGCAGGUCAAUCUCGUCGUCAUCGCUGGUGCAAACAACAACUUUCACGAUGCGCUUGAUCAAUUGGAAGGCGAACUGUCUAACUCCGUUACAACGUUUUCCGCUCUAUCUUAUCAUCUCAAUCGACAACAACCACUGAUAAUGCUAUCANNGACUCUGGCACGUGCAGUCAUGCGACGUGAUCUCGCUGUAUACCGCUCUCAGCGAGGAGCUCGAGUGAAAACCGAGGCUACCGCCACAGUAGAACCUGCGAGUGGCAUAGACAACACAACAGCAAUCCACCUAGAUGAUGACGUUGUCAUGGGCGAGUCACCAGUCCAAGAUGCUAAACUAUCACCACUUAAGGAAGUAAUCUCAUCAUUGGAAGGAGAGAAACCCACUGAACGAACCCCACCACUUCACCUUGACAUUCCUGGACAAGACCACCAAGCCGCGGGUCAUCCGGGCGAUGAAAACACUGGCACAUACAGCAACUUCGAUUUCGAGUCCCUCUUCAACGACCCAAGCAGUGCAGGUGGCGGAUCCAGAGCAAGNCCCAAAAAUAUACCCGACCCUUCACCACCUGCACCACGAGCAAAAGAGGCACCGCCAGUCAACCCUCCAGCACAAGAUACAAAGCCUCCUCCGACCAGAACGAUGACCAUUCCCGACGAUGAACCCAUCAAACCAGCAUCCUUCAACAACGGCGACGACGACUUCGAUUUUGCCGACCUGACAAGCUUCGGCCCCGCUGACACAGACAUGCAAGACACAGAUGGCAUAUCCUCCCUUCUCCCCGGCCUCGAGAGCUAUGCAAACUCUGGCGGUGGCAACGGAGGCACGGAAUCAAANCCCCAAUCGGUUCCUGCAGACUUUGACAUCUUUGACGCGGCGGGUGUUGGUGACUUUGGCAAUGCUCAGCCACAGCAGAGNCCAAAGGUUGAUGCUAAGCAAGAUGCGCAACAGCAGCCUCAAAUGGGCAAUAGAGACGACACUUUCGACGACAUUAUGAACUUUACAGAGUUUGACAUGGGCGACUUUUCUGGGAGUGCCGCCGGCGAGGGCGGUGAAAGUAAAUUUGAUGCCUCAUUCUUUGACAUUUGA